GAUUGUGCUGGGAAGUCUGUUCCAAUCUGGCAACACUGGCCAAUAGCAGCGCGAUGCACUAAUAACCACUUAACGUCAACACAACCGCGCCUGCCUCCGCUGUAAUUGCUCGUCGAUGACGAAAUACAAGACACCACACACCUAAAAAAAACGAAACUCUGAGGUCUGAGGGACCAGGUCCGACCGGAUAUAAACACGCAUCAGCACUGGAUCACCGCGGCCUGUUACCUCGAGCUAGCUGGCUACAUCGGCUAGCUUCAGAGCAAAGUGAAACUCGUUCCCCCUCGGCUAGCUUCCCGCUAGCUAGCUAGCUAGCUGGCUACCUUGCACAGCUAGCGGUAGUUAGCUAGCUGGCGAGCGAGCCCAGAGGAUCUAUCCGAGCCAUGGACGAGCUAGUGGUGGAGGUGAGGGGCACCAGCGGGGCUUUCUACAAGGCUUUCAUAAAAGAUGUUCACGAGGGAACUGUGACUGUGGCGUUUGAGAACAACUGGCAGCCCGAGCGUCAGAUCCAGUUCCAGGACGUCCGCUUCCCUCCCCCGAUGGGUUUCCUCAAGGAGAUCAACGAGAAUGACGAGGUCGAGGUCUAUUCCAGGGCAAAUGACAAGGAACCUUGUGGGUGGUGGCUGGCCAAGGUUCGCAUGGUCAAAGGAGAGUUCUACGUCAUCGAGUACGCCGCCUGCGACGCCACGCUGAACGAGAUUGUGACGCUGGAGCGGCUGCGGCCGGUCAACCCCAACACCCCGGCCACCAAGAGCACCUUCCUGAAGAUCGACCUGGACGUGCCAGAGGACCUGCGGCAGAUGUGCUCCAAGGAGUCCACCCACAAGGACUUCAAGAAGGCGGUGGGUGCGUUCAGCAUCACGUACGACUCGGACGCCAAGCAGCUCAUCAUACUGUCUGUGAACGAGGUGAGCGCCAAGCGGGCCCAGAUGAUGAGUGACAUGCACUUCAGGAGCCUGCGCACCAAGAUGUCUCUCAUGCAGCGCAACGAGGAGGCCAGUCGACAACUGGAGAGCUCCAGGCAGCUGGCGUCCCGGUUCCACGAGCAGUUCGCCGUGCGGGACGACCUGAUGGGUCUGGCCAUCGGGACGCACGGCGCCAACAUCCAGCAGGCCCGCAAGGUGCCCGGGGUGACCACCAUCGACCUGGACGAGGAGACCUGCACCUUCCACAUCUACGGAGAGGACCAGGAGGCCGUGCGUAAAGCCAGGAGUUUCCUAGAGUUCUCCGAAGACGUCAUCAAAGUUCCCAGGCUUUUAGUCGGGAAGGUGAUCGGCAAGAACGGCAAGCUGAUCCAGGAGGUGGUGGAUAAGUCUGGCGUGGUGCGGGUCCGCAUCGAGCCCGAGAACGACAAGAAGCCCAGCCCGCCGUCCGAUGAGGGGUUGGUGCCUUUUGUGUUUGUGGGGACCAAGGAAAGCAUCUCCAACGCCAAAGUGCUGCUGGACUACCACCUCAACUACCUCAAGGAGGUGGACCUGCUCCGUCUGGAGCGUCUUCAGAUCGACGAGCAGCUCCGGCAGAUCGGGGGCGGGGGAGGCGGCGGCGGCGGAGGGGGAGGCCCCCGCAACCUCAAGGACAAGGCCUACGUCUUCGACAACGGCAUGGGCCGAGGGGGGGGCGGGGCCGGGGGCAAGGGCUACGCGGGCGGGGGAGGAAGAGGAGGCCGGGGGAGGCGAGGAGGAGGCGGCGCUGCCUUCACAUCAGUGUCGCAUGACCCCUCCACCCCCCCAGGCACCAACUCGGAGGCCUCCAACGCCUCCGAGACGGAAUCGGACCACCGAGACGAGCUCAGCGAUUGGUCACUGGCGCCCACCGACGAGCUGGUGACGGGGGGCGGGACCUUGCCUCGACGCGCCGACACGAGGAAGAGGGGGGGGGCGUCUGGAGGGCCCCGGGGCCGAGGGGGGCGGGGCGGAGGACGUGGAGGCUAUAAAGGCGAUGACCUUCCCUGGGGAGAGCCGCGACCUCGCUACGUCAGAGACACCAAGACCAGAGGGCCCGAGGAGUCCCUGCAGAUCCGCGUGGACAGCAAUAACGAGCGUAGCGUGCAGCACGCCCCGGCCGGGAGAGGAGGAGGCGGCGGCCUAGCGGGGGGCGCCCCCUCCACCUCCUCCCAGGGGGCCCCGGGCGCCGGCGCCGAGGGGCCCUCGCGACACCCACCGCGGCCCGUCCGGGAGCGGGUGGCGAAGAAGGACAAACAGGACACGCCCCCGCCGCUGCUGAACGGCGUGUCGUAGGGCGGCGCCACAGCUCGGUCGGAGGGGAGGGGGAGUCGGGAGGGGGGGGGGGGGGUGGGGGGGCGGAGCUUGGCGUGCUAAUGACCAGCGGUGGGCGUGGUGGACGGUCGUCAUCUCCAUACGUUCAGAAAACACACACACAGUAGAAUACAGGGGGCCCCUGUGUUAGGGCCCCGCUCUGUCGCUCUGCCCCUCGUCUGAGUUAGGCGUUCAUACACGUGCGAACACGCACUCCUUCGAAUCUGGAGAUUCUUUACUUCAAUGGCUUUUAGUUUUUCGGUCGUAUCUACAUACGUUUUUUUUGCUAUCUAGCGCGCUCUGUUGUGAUCUGCACCUGGGGUUCCUGGGACUCGUCGCUCUCGAGGAAAAUCCUGAAGAAAAGUGACUAAUUCGUACUGAUGGGAAGGUAGAAUAGAACAAGAUUCGGUCCACUACCCAUCGCAGUCACAGUUUUUACAUUCCUCUUCGCUCCCCCCGUCCCCCCCCCCCCCCCCCCCCCGUCCCUCCCCUUCCCAUGCUGACCAACGGGACUAUCGAGUGAAUAAUUGGUUUACGAGGCCAGCAGCAGGGGUGAACUUUCGGCUGCAUGUAAUUGUAAGCGCCACAGGUGUCCCUGACCUUGCUCGACCUUCCCCUGCUAGACUCCGCCGCCGCGGUGGAUUUGAUCUGUGAGGUGAAUUCAAAACGGGACUGCAGUGUCUCUGAGGGGCCAGCCGAAGAAGUGCUGGCCGUUUGUCGGGGGUUCGUUGUUUAAGGGCCAGGAAAAUGUUUUCAUUACAAUUCAUUCAUGGGCCGUUUUGAUUAUGUUGCCGGGGCGAGGUGAAAGGUGUACCCCCAAUAUCAGUUAGUUUCAAGCGCUUGACUUUCACCGUGCGUCAUCAUGCUGACGAGAAAGUCCUUUUUAAUUGUACAUGAAGUCCGGCGUUGCGACCUCCCCUUGUCGCUUCCUUAUGAGGAAUCCAUUUAAAUAGUCACCACUGGAACCCCUGUUUUUUAAUUUACUAUUUUUGACCGUUUCUUUUUGACCAAAUUGUGUGGGUUUGUAACCCAACCGACCGUAUAUUCUAACUAGGUGUUGCAUAUGCUGUUUCCUUUUAAAUUUUUAUACAAAUUGUCUAUACUGAGACAGCUGUCUUCUUGCCCGCGAUCCUCUUGGUGACAUUCUCCAUUCCUGUUCCACUCCUCCUGCUCAAAGAGGCGUCCAAAUAAGAACCUGACUGCAAGAUCCUUCAUUAGACCAGCACAGAAUUGUUUAUUUCUCAUGGUGAAAUAUAUCUCAGACCUUUUUAAAGUAAUGACACAAACAAAAACUUUUUUAAACCAACGAUCCAUUGUGGACCUCCAACUCAAUGAAUGGCUCUGGAGCGUUCUCCAUGGAAACAUCUAGAACUGUAUCCACGGCAGCAGCUGAACGGACUACGAGCUGGCCCUCUGAUGGAAGCCAUUCCUGACCGCCGCACCUUGUCCACUUGUAUUAUGAUGACUUAGAAGUGAUUGCUGUGGUUUGAAUGGAUUUGUGUAGAAUUGCAAUUAAGUGUGUACCAGUGGACAUGGAGACUUUAGAGAAUUUCCUAACGACUAAACCCUAAGGGACUUAAGUAGUGUCGUCGGUGUGUAAACGUGUAAUAUCGACCGUGUAAGGGCUUCUCAGACUGUUCGUAGCCUUUAUUGGGAAUUAAUGGACUUUUUCUUUGUUAUUUUCUUUGCACUGCAAUAGAUUCGACGUUGCACAUAGCAUCGAUUAACUGCAUUUUGCUUGUAAAAAUGUGGCGCUAGUUUGCACUUUUAUAUUAUUACUUCAUGUAUUUCUGUGUUUUGUGUCCCAUCAGUGAAAAGGAAAAAAAAAAAUGUCUAAUCUAUUUUUGAUUGAUAACCGGGCGCCACUUCGCCCUGCAAAUGCAAACAUGUGAUUGGUUAGUAGGCUACGAACACUUGGGGAAACCCAGCCAUAGUUUGUGUGCCCUGUGCCUUGGAGUUCGUGGCUAGUAUACCGUAGACGUCUAAAUCAGGGAGGACACUUUUGGUGCAGGUAUAUAAAAGAUGGUUAACAUCGCAUCCAUGGACGCACUGUACAGCCCUGUGAGCCAGCCUAGUGCUUUUUUUAAACAUGGAGGAUAGUUUGAGGGGGGGGGGGGGGGGGGGCAGGGGGGUUUGGUUUACUGCCAUCUUUAUGCAGCUGAUGUAUCGACAGCCACCAAAGCUCUGUCUGUCCUGCUAGUAAACAUAAGGCCUAUCACUGGUUCUGGUAGUAUACAUAAGGCCUAUAACUGGUUCUGCUAGUAUACAUAAGGCCCAUUACUGGUCCAUUUGGUAUGAAUUGGGGACCUUUCUUAACGUUUUUACCCAUGGCGCUUUGGACUUUUUCUUUCUCUUGCUCUCCCAUGAUCUCUCUGGACAAAUGCUAAAAAUGACCCCUAAUUUUAGCACAAAAUAAGUUAAAAGAUGUAUUUCCCUCGCAGCCUGUAGAUUCUCGCUCUUGUUGGUUUGGCUUUUACCUGGUAGGACACAUGGCCUGGGUGAAGGGGGGAAACGGUAUCUCUGAUAAUAUUGAAUGAUUAUUGCCCUGCAGUGCAUGCAGCUACUUAAACUGUUCAGGACCCACGAAAUGGCAUUGAAAAAAAAUCCCUUUUAUAUUUAUACAGAAACAGCAUCCGAGUGGAGAGCAGUUGAAUUAAACUUGCAAUAGAAAACACAAGGCCGGCCCGCCUGCAUCGUAUCAUGGGUGCUUUCUGAACAGAAUGUAGGAAUAUCAAAAUCAUGUUGGAAAAGCAUUUAGGACCACAAUCAAAACCCCUGUCACUAAGUGGUUUCCCCAUUUUUAUUUUUAUUUUUAAUUAAUGUGACCGUACCUCCUUCUGCAAGCAUUUAGCAUCCUUCCUUAUUUUUCUGCUAUGCAUUCGGGUCCAAAUCUGAAAGCAACUGGAAUAAUGGCCAACAGUAGUUAGCCAUUGAGUUCAUACUGGAUAUAGGGUUAUCCAUUGAUUGUAAAAGAUUAAAAGGGGGUGAAGGGAUCCAGUUUACUUGCAUACUGUAUAUAAUGAUGUCUUGAAUUGUCUAAUGAGAGAAAAAACUAUUUGUACUAUUCUUUCAAACGUGCACUUAUUAUCCCUGAUCUGUGUGUUUAAUACUAGAGCUCUUGAUAAUAAAUGUGUGAACUGUA